AUGGCAGGUCAGGAGGUUGAAAACACUAGCUUGGAUCUGUCCGGUGAAGUUCUAAGACUGAGAGCAGAUUCAGGUGGCACCUCUGACGACGCACAGCACCCAAUCUCAAAUAUGUCAAGUGCUUCACCAGAACCCGUCAAGAAAAACUCUAAAGCAUCCACGGGGAAGAGGAAGUACCAUCAAAAAUCACGAGCCGGUUGUUCCACUUGUAAAAAGCGUCGUGUCAAGUGUGAUGAGCAGAAACCACUCUGUGGAAACUGUGUCAAAUUAAAAUUGGAAUGUGGGUAUUUGCACAUGGACCCGGAAGAGUUCGCACCGCCUGAAAAGAAGCCCAAGAAAGUCAAGACAGAGUCGGAACAUAAGAGGAAGAAAGUGAAUACAAACUUCUCAAAGAAGGGAUCGGAUGGAGCUAAAAAUGACGACUUUGCUAGUCAGAACUAUUUGAAUGAGACUUCCUCGACGCGAAAUAGUAGCAUUGGCGAGAGGUCUUUAGAUGGCUUGGACUCUUCAACAACCACACAACAAGCGACACCUUCAUUAACUCCAAGUCCAGCCUCAACGCAACCCAGUGUAGGCAAUCCCCUUCCACGACCCAACAAUCCAAUGGCAAAUAUGAGCCAGGGCCAGCAGAUGAGUAAUCCCUUGAGUGCAUUAUCUACGGGGCUACUAAGUGCCGGAAAUUUGAACAAUUUGAAUAUUGCUCAUUUAGUCAACAACUUGACAGGUAUGAACAAUGGCGGCGAUGCAUCAGGAGGCGGGUUGGGAAAUUUCAUGAAUCUCGGCAAUUUAGCAAAUUUAUCGAACUUGGCAACGUUGGCGCAAUUACCCAUUGAUUUGAGUAAUUUGGCAGGGUUGUUUGGUGGAAGUGGAGCAGGUGGUGGGUUGAUUGAUCAGUUAGCAGCAGCUGCAAUGAAUGGAAAUAGUGGGUUGUCAUUUGAAGGAUUGUUAAAUACACAAACGCAGCAACGACAACAAACGAAUCAAGCACAGUCAAUCCCGAAACAGGAACACUAUCAUUCAAAUUCAUCUGCAAACGGACAUUUUCAACAGCCACAACAGCCACAACAGCAACCGCAACAGCAGCAACCGACACAACCAAUACCCCAACAACAAGAUAUUGAUGACAGUGUGAUAGAAGCCGCAAUCAACUUAGGCGCUCAAGGGUCAGCGCCUUCGCCGCCUUUCAGCAUACCACCAGUCACCCCUUCAGAGUCAACAAUACCGAAUGGAGGAGGUACUCUACCCAAUAUAGCACCCAAUCAAACACCACAGAUACCCUCAUCAGUACCAUUGAACAAUCGAUCAAUGGCACAAGCAAUGAAUUCAAGCAGUUUGAACAUGUUGGAUUUGAAACUUAUGUUCCACUACACAUCGCAAGUGGCCAAUACCAUCACGGGUGCUGGCAUCUCAGAGACCAAUAUAUGGAUCCAUGAUAUUCCAAUGUUGGCAUUCGAGCAUCCGUUUUUAAUGCACUCAAUCUUGGCAUUCAGUGCAACGCACUUGUCACGAACUGAAAAGGGUUUAGAUCAAUGCGUCACGUGUCAUAGGGGUGAUGCACUACGAUUAUUGAGAGAGGCGGUGUUGAACAUUAAUGCCGAUAAUACUGAUGCGUUAGUUGCUAGUGCAUUGAUUUUGAUUAUGGAUUCCUUGGCGAAUGCCUCGUUUCCUUCUUCAACAUCUCCUAAAUCUUUGCCUGCGUCGGCAUGGAUCUUUCAUGUUAAAGGUGCAGCGACAAUUUUGACUGCUGUGUGGCCCUUGACUGAAGCGUCUCGAUUUUAUAAAUUCAUUAGUGUUGAUUUGGGCGAUUUGGGCGAUAUUAUAAAUCAAAAGGCAAAUUUAAACGCGGGAAAUGCUGGUGGCGGCGGUGGAGGAGGAAGCUGCUCUGGCCCCACAGGCAACGGGGGUGAACGGUUUUAUGCAGAUCUUGAAUGUCAUGAUGCAGAUAUUGCCGAUUUGUUCCCAGUUGACAUUGACUCUCCCUAUUUGAUCACAUUGGCAUAUUUGAACAAGUUGCAUAAAGAACGGUACAAGUCUGAUUUCAUCUUGCGUAUAUUUGCCUUUCCUGCAUUGUUGGAUAAACAAUUCAUGUCGUUGUUGAUGUCGGGAGAUGUCAAGUCGAUGAGGAUCAUGCGAUCGUAUUACAAGUUGUUGCGGUCAUUUACAAUGGAGAUGAAGGAUAAAGUAUGGUUUUUGGAAGGGGUUGCGCAAGUGUUACCGCUGAAUGUAGAGGAGUAUGCAGGUGGUGCAGGUGGUAUGCAUAUGAUGAUGGAUUUCUUGGGAGGGGGCCCUGAUAUUGUUGAUGACUACGGGAAUGAGUUUCAAAGUGGUGAUGAUGGAGAGGAGGAGGAGGAGGAUCAAGAGGAUCAAGAGGAUCAAGAGGAUCAAGAGGAAGCAGGGUAUAGAGACGCAAAUGGGGCAAGUGCUAAUAGCAACAUCAAGGGCAGCGGUGUUGGUAGUAGCACAAACAACGGUAGCACGUCGGCCACUACUUCAACAAGUGCCAAACGAGCAAAGGUUAGGUUGAAAGAAAUGACAAAUACAAACAAUUUACCAAGUGAUAUUACUAGUGAGUUGGAUAUAAUGCAGGGGGAUCAAGAGUUUAUUUAA